AUGGAUUCGCAGACCACACAUCCCGCGCUCAUUGAGCAUAUCCACUCGUUUUGUCGCAAGAGGCCCGAAGUCGGGCUCUCAGCCCUGGUCAAUGCCGUUUGGGCCAUUGUUAUUUGGCAGUACACGGGACUGGAAGACGUCCACUUUGUCACUGCCGCUAUGUGGGAUCGUAAACGCCAUAUUUGUGCGGCACAUGUCGACGGCAAAGUGGGGCUAUCCGAUCUGAUACAACGAAUACAACAGGGCACCAAGGAACUGGCGUCAGACCAGCUCCCUCUAGUCCCCGCAAGGACGGAGGACGUCAAUGCGCAACUCCUCCAGUCCUUAACGACACUCACUACGAACAAGAAUGGCCUCAAGACGGAUCCGACCCGUCCUUCCGUCGCUAGCGCACCCGUCGAGCUUGUUGCAGUCCCCUCCACUUCCGGAGGCCUAGAAGUUGUAGUACGCUUCUCGCCGUUAGCGAUCGACCGAGAGCUAGCUGACCAUCUGGUGGCGGCUUUCGCCCACAUAACUACCGCAAUCACACAUGCCGACCGUGGCUGGGAAGACACGCUAGAAUCUUUAGAUCUAGUGAGCGACUACGAUAAGGCAAAGCUCUGGGCCUGGAAUAGCGCCCUGCUUCCUGAGACAGUCGAGUUAUGCGUGCACACCCUCUUCCGACAGCAGGCCCAGGAGGAGCCGGAGCUGGUCGCCGUGGACGCAUGGGAUGGACGCUUUACAUAUGCAGAACUAGACGACAUCUCGGAUCGCAUCGCAGCUUGGCUCACGCACGAUGAGGGUACCCGACCAGAGUCCAUCGUACCGCUGUGCUUCGAAAAGAGCUGCUGGGCGAUUGCGGCUCUGAUGGGGGUGAUCAAGGCAGGCGGUGCCAUUGUAUUUAUUGAUCCGGCACAACCGGCCAGUCGCAGAAGAGAGAUCUUGACCCAGAUUCAAGGCCAAUUUGUCCUGACCUCGAGGACUCAAUCCGUGGCGUGGGAAAAGGAGAUGGGCGUGCGGACGGCCGUCAUCGACGAGCAAUUCGUCGCUUCCUUGGCAGCGAACGAUGCGUAUGGGAAUCCUCCCGAGUCAGGGGUUACCCCAGCAAACCUUCUUUACCUCAUCUUCACCUCUGGGAGCACGGGCAAACCCAAAGGCUGUCUCAUUCCGCACCAGGCCUUCGUAUCAGGAGCACUCCAGCACGCGGAAAAAUCUAACCUAACUCGUGAAAGUCGCAUUCUACAGCUAGCUUCAUACAGUUUCGACGUCAGCAUGUUGGAGAUCCUGACCGCGCUCAUGUCUGGUGCGUCGGUGUGCACGCCAGACAUGUCCACCAUGGCAACGCAGGGUCUCUAUCCGAUCUUCGAACGCUUCGCCAUUACCUGGGCAUUCCUGACACCAUCUCUGGUCAAAUUGCUCCGCCCUGAGAUGGUUGUGCCCACUCUCAAAMCCCKGGCCCUKGGRGGSGAGCCACUCCACAAAGUUGACAUUGAGACUUGGGCACCGCAUCUCCAGCUCAUCAAUGGUUACGGGCCCUCUGAGUGUUCCGUAGCUGCAGCCGGAGAUCCACACUUGGAACCGACAAGCGACCCAUCCAAUAUCGGCCGCUCGGUUGGCGGUCUAUGUUGGAUUGUCGAUGCUGAAAAUCACGACCGUCUCGUUCCUCUCGGCGCUGUGGGUGAGCUACUGAUCUCAGGCCCCAUUUUAGCCAGGGGUUACUUGAACGACGCGGAGAAAACGGCUGCAUCUUUUAUUGAGAAUCCCUCGUGGACUAGUGAAGGCUGGACCCUCACCCCUGCCUCUUUCACAAAGAGGGGCUCAGUUGCGAAAGGGCAUCACCAAACGACCAUGCGUUUCUACAAAACGGGUGACUUGGCCAGAUUCAAUAUCGACGGCACCAUACAGAUCCUAGGCCGCAAAGAUACCCAGGUCAAACUGCGUGGAUUGCGCGUCGAGCUGGGAGAAAUCGAACACAACAUCGCACUGCACCCUGAUGUUAAACAUGCCGCCGCCUUCCUACCGAAGAGCGGGUUGUGCAAGGAGAAAAUCGUCACCGUUUUAUGUCUCCGUGACUUCUCCAGCGAGUGGAAGCCUGAGGACGCUGAUGCACCUAUCGAAGUGUGGUUGGAGGAUGAAUGGCCUGCAAUCAAACAGCAAGCCGACGCCGUUCGUAACCAUCUGCGAGAAUGUGUUCCAGAGUAUAUGGUCCCAACCGUGUGGAUCGUGAUCAAGUCCUGGCCGUUACUGAUCUCGGCAAAGCUCGAUCGGAAAAGGGUUCUGAACUGGCUCUUGGAUAUUGAUGAGGGGCUACAUAAUAGUAUAAUGGGCUUUAUCGGUAACCGGGAGGGUGGAAAAGCAACCGAAUUAAACUCUGUAUCCGAGACUGAGCGUAAUCUUCGUGACAUAUUCUCCCGCGCGCUCAAGACUUCCGCCCACAAUCUACCUCUAGACAAGUCCUUUAUUGCGCUCGGCGGUGACAGUCUUGCUGCCAUGCGCGUUGUGUCCGAGUGCAAAAGCGCCGGCUAUGCCAUCGACAUCAAAGACCUGCUUACGAAUAAAGCCCAGCAAUUAUGCCUUGGCUGCUUUGAUAGCGGGGAUGAGGAUGAUGAGAGUAAGAGGGAAACGAAUCAUUGUACCCAGAGCCUUUUCCUUAGACUCAACAACACCGUUUCUGCCGUUAGGGUCAAAGCUGCUUUGGACACUGUCGUCAAUCGUCACGCCAUGCUUCGGGCAUGCUUCUUUGAGGAUGAGGACGGUACUGUCAUGAAGUAUAAGCAAAUGAUCACCUCUCACACCCGAGGCUCGUACUGUUAUAAAGAUCAUUUCAUAGAUCAUCCGGAAGAAAUUGAGGGCAUUGCGGCGACUGCUCAGCGUGCUGUGCAACUCUCAGGGCCUGUUUUCUCGGCAGACCUGAUAAGGGAGAGCGGAAAACAGCUGUUACUUCUGAUAGCACACAAUGCCGUCGUCGACUCUACGUCCUGGUCCAUCAUUGUCCAAGAUCUUCGGAUGUGUCUGAGUCUCGCCGAUGGCCCUCUUCCCAACGAUGAAACGCAGAAACCGGUGUCUUUCCAGACCUGGGUCGAGAUGGAGAGAGAGAGACACGUGACAGGAACUUCGGAAGAUCAAUUAGGCAUCACCGCAUCAUUAAGACGUCAACUCGACUACUUGCCUAUGCAGGGGAGUGCACGCGAUAUGGUCGAACAGACGUUGGAAGUCGACAAGACCACAGCCGCUUUGCUGUUGGACGCCAAGAUACAUAAGACAUUGCGUACUGAUGUUGCGGAUUUCUUGGUGGCGAGUCUAUUCCUCACAUUUCGCUACAGCUUCACCAAUCGAGAGACCUUGCCUAUCUUGUCUCUAUGGGAGGAUGAGCGUGGGCCCGCAUCUCGAGACCUGGGUGUUGACUUCUCCGCAACGAUCGGUCAAUUUGAGACAGUGCGCCCGUUGGUACUCAGCACAGGUGACAUGAGCACCAAGGACGAACUCGUAAGUAUGCUAAAGAGGAUCAAGGAUGCCCGCCGACUGGUAGUAGCGGGAAGACGCGAGACUGGUCUUUGCAGCUCUAACAUCUCACUGCGCUACCGAGACCUGUCAAAAGUUCUCGAUAGCUCCGAUGAUCUUCUCAAGAGUGAGCCGCGUCCCAACUUUCUUCCUUUGGCGGUUGAGAACAUUCGACAGACAAGCUUAAUCUCCAUUAUGGCCGAGGCGGUUGAUGGGCAGAUCCUGCUCUCCUUCUCACACGACAAGGAUUUCAAAGAGUCAGAUCAGAUUGGGCCCUGGAUCGCGGCUGUGCAGAAAACGCUUGCCUCACUCGUCGCCAGGAUAGUUGACGCCCCUAAGGAAUAUACUCUUUCAGACUUCACAUUAUUGCCAGAGCUAACCUACAGUGGACUCGAGAAACUAAUUAAUGAACAGCUACCCCAGCAGGGACUCGACCCUCUCUUGAUUGAGGACAUGUAUCCAUGCUCUCCUAUGCAGCAGGAUCUCUUACUCAGCCAGACCCGGUCCAGUGAUGGCAUGUAUGAGUGCUACCACCUUGCAGAAUUGACGCCACGUGAUUCAAAGGUCUCAGUAGACAUUGAUAGACUUGUUCAAGCUUGGGCGCAGGUCGUGCGACGACAUUCCUCACUACGGUCGAUCUUUAUUGAGGGUACUGACGGCCAAGAGGCUCUGUUCAACCAAGUCGUACUUGCUCAUGUCCAGCCGAGCGUAUCGAUUGUAUAUUGCGACAAUGACUCGACUGAUGAGAUUGGGAUGGUGCUUGUCAACGAAGCCCCUAUGGCCAUCUCCUUCCGGGGACCUCAACCACCUCAUCGAAUGACCAUCUGCCGCAUCUCGGGGGCUAGCCGUGUUGUCAUCAAACUGGACAUUAAUCACGCCAUCGUGGACGGUGUUUCUGCAGCUGUGAUUCUCCGUGAUAUGUUGCUUUGGUACGAUGGUCUGGAAUUCACCGAGUCAGCGUUACCAUUCCGCAAUUACAUCUCUCACAUCCGUCAAACAUCCCUGGCUUCGUCUCUUGACUUCUGGGCAGAAAAUCUCAAUGACGCAAAACCAACUAUAUUACCCAAGAUGGCCGCACCAGAGAAGGCGCACGACGCAGACAGACAAUUAAAUGUUGUGUCCGUUCCACUGGAAUGUGAGGGUGUCUCGAAUGAACAGAUUUUCCAAUUCUGUCGAGAAGCUUCAGUCACGCCAGCAAACGUCUUCCAGACUGCGUGGGCCUUGGUUCUCCGGGAAUACGCCGAGUCCCCCGACGAGGUUUGCUUUGGUUAUCUCUCAGCCGGUCGCGACGCCCCAUUGCCAGGUAUCCAAGGUGCGGUGGGCGCUUACUUGACUAUGCUUGUCAGUCAUCUUCGUUUCGCUACAGAUGGAAACAAGACUGGCGAUGGCGUUGCUACACUCAUGGACGCCGUGCGCGUCACGGCGGAUGACUACGUCAAAGCCCUGCCCCACCAGCACGUUGGUCUGUCGAACAUACAGCAUGCACUGAAGACAGGCGGCGAUACCCUGUUCAAUACGAUUGUUACUGUUAAUCGUGAAGCUGAAAGUCCAGCUGAUUCAACGCUUUUAUUCAAGAAAAUUGGGGAUCAUGAACCCGAUGAAUACGCGGUCGUCGUGGACAUCCAGUUCACGGGGUCGAGAGCUGUGCGCGCUUUCUUACGUCACUGGACAGACCACCUGACAUCUGUGCAGGUACAAAGUAUCGCCAGCGCAUUUGGUAGAGCCGUCCAAGCCAUCAUCUCUCAUCCCAACACUCUCGUCAGCGAGGUAGAUCUAGUGGGCGUGUCCCAUAUGAACCAACUGCUUUCUUUCAAUGCCCACCCCUUACCAAGGGCAAACCGACUGAUAUUCACGCGAUUCGAAGAACUCGUCCUCACGCAACCUCUGGCCCAGGCAGUCUGCGCGUGGGACGGUGAGUGGACAUAUGUACAGCUCGAUAAGUUGUCAACACGACUCGCCCACUAUCUGCGUUCGCUCGGCGUAGGAUCUGAGGUCGUGGUGCCACACUGUUUUCAAAAAUCAGGUUGGGCUAUCGUUACGUGCCUGGCUAUUCUUAAAGCUGGUGGUGCCUUUGUAGGACUGGACCCGACACAUCCAAGGCAACGAUUGCUGGGACUUGUCCGUGAGGUCGGAGCUAAGGUCGUGUGCCUGGCCCCGCAGAACUCCCACCUAUUUGAAGAAAGGGAAAGCGGGGAUCCGAAAUUGAACAUCGUUCAAGUGACACCAGAGUUUAUCGCUGGGCUUCCAUUCAAAUCAGGCCGGCCAUGCACCUCCAUCAAGCCAAACAAUGCAGCUUGCGUGGUCUUCACGUCUGGCACAACAGGGAGACCCAAGGCUGUGGUGGUGGAGCAUGACUCUAUGGCGACCUUGUCAGACCUCAUGGGUCCGGCUGUACGCAUUGGCCCUGAGGCACGUGUGUUCCAGUUUGCCAGUUAUACCUUUGAUACGUCAAAUCAAGACAUCUUCACAACGCUACAACGCGGUGGAUGCGUGUGCGUGCCAUCUGAAGAGGAUCGUGUCAAUGAUCCGGCUGGGGCAAUCAGGCGACUAGGCGCUAAUCACGCCCACUUAACAAGCACUGUUAUCAGUUUAUUGCGCCCCGAGCAGGUUCCACAUCUCAAAUGGCUUUUCAGUGCCGGUGAACCUCUCACACGCGAAAACGUCGAGGCAUGGGCUCCGGCCGUCCAACUCUUCAAUAGUUACGGUCCCGCCGAAGCUUCUGUCGCCGUCACUUGCACCCCUACCCGGCUCGACGCUCAUGCAAGCCCAGCCAAUAUCGGAAAGCCAUUUGGCUGCUGGGCUUGGAUUGUAGACGUGACUAACCACCACAAGCUUGUGCCUUUGGGUGCUGUAGGCGAGCUCCUGAUCGAAGGACCACUACUUGCGCGACACUACUUUAACAAUGAAGCCCAGACGGCCGCGGCUUUUAUUGAGAACCCCACAUGGGCAAAGAGCAUGACACAUGAGCCUCACAUAAAUAGGCGAUUCUACCGAACUGGCGAUCUGUGCCGUUUCAAUACUGAUGGCAGUAUCACCAUUAUCGGCCGCCGAGACACUCAGAUCAAGAUUCACGGGCAACGUGUUGAACUUGACCACAUCAAGUACGAGGUUCAGGGGCAGCUCGCCCAACUGGGCGAGCACAGCCUCGUCUCAGUCGAUGCUUUGAUGCUUCCGCAAAGCACAAGGAAAGAAAAAAUACUCGUUGCUUUUGUUCAGUUCCUCAAUCGUUCCUCUAAUCUGCCUAUGCUCUCUACUGAUGGACUAGCCAUUCCGAUGAGUGACAACCUCUCGGGCCAGUUUGUGGAUCUGCAACGUGCUCUGAAGACAUCCCUCCCCAAAUAUAUGGUUCCAGCCAUGUUUGUUCCUAUUACUGAGACUCCACUAACUGCUAAUGGCAAGUUGGCACGGAAUAUCCUGCGUGAAACAGUGAAUGGCUUCUCCGACGCAGAUAUAGCUCGCUACAUGCUCCAAAAAGACAGCCCUAAAACAGCCGCUACGACACCCCACGAGCAGCUGCUGCAGGCCAUCUGGAGCAAAGUCUUGUCCAUCCCUAUCGAAAAGGUGGGCGCUGAUGAUGACUUCUUUCAAAUUGGAGGCGACUCUGUCGUUGCCAUGCGACUUGCAGCUGCCGCAAGGACAGAAGGCCUUUCCUUGGCCGUAGCUGAUAUCUUUGCUUCUCCCAUCCUGUCAGACAUGGCCAGAGUGGCACGAAUUGCCGACGAGAGCGAUUUCAUUGAUAACGAAGAAGAGGAGGCAUUCAAUCUUCUCCCAAUAACAUCGCUGUCGCCCUUGACUCCUGAGUAUAUAGAUACAAUCCGCACUGAAGCAGCAGCACAAUGUGGUGUUAACCCCGAGACUGUUGUGGACUUGUACCCAUGCACCCCCUUGCAAGAAGGUCUUAUAGCACUAUCGAUGCGGCAGACAGGAGCAUACAAAGACCAACGCAUUUUGCGCCUUACUGAUCCGAACUAUUCAGUCGCCCGAUUUCGCCAUGCAGUUGAUGCCGUGGUGAGCGCUGAACCUAUCCUGCGCACCCGGUUUGUAAGCACAGCUGCGGCGGGAAUGCUCCAAGCUGUACUGAACGUCCAAGUUGAAUGGGUUGAGCGCGACAAUUUGACCACUUACCUCAAAGAGGAUUUGGAUACGCCUGUGACAUAUGGAAGCCCUCUAGUACAGCUGGCACUUAUCGACGAGCACAGGCAGAGUAGAGAGCGCUACAUAGUGUGGUCGGGCCACCAUGCUUUGUGCGAUGGUUUCAGUAUGGACAUCACAUUUGAACAGAUUGCCCAUGCCAUGGCGCAUGAAGGGGCUGUGAUGCCGAAACCGGUGCCUUUCAAGAACUUCAUCCGCUUCCUGCAAGAUCAGAUACGUGACGAUUCUGCAAGUAAAUUCUGGCAAGAACAGUUCCCUGCUAACAAGGAGAUACCACCAAAGUUCCCACCCGUGCCACUCGGGCAUCAAGUUGUCCCUCAUCGUGCCUGCUACUCGCAGAUGCAGGUUGCUCGUCCGCGUGGGAGCAAAAUAUCUGUGACGAGCUAUCUCCGUGCCGCAUGGGGGCUUGUCAUCGCGCGGCACCUUGACAGCUCAGACAUCAUCUUCGGAGCGACGCUGUCGGGUAGAAAUGCGCCAGUUCGGAAUAUCUCUACGAUAAACGGUCCCACAAUGACCACUGUUCCGGUUCGCAUGCCGGUGCCUUUUGAUGAUGGUGAGACAACAGUGGCACAAUAUCUAGAGGCCGUGGAAGAACAAGCCGUGACCAUGACAUCCUUUGAACACAUCGGUCUGCAAAAUAUUCGAUGCAUCAACGAGUAUGCCCGAGCGGCGAUUGACAACAUGGUGCAUCGGUUUGCCGUUGAGUUGAAGCCGAGUGAGGCCAUUGAGGCUUUUGAUGGUAUAGAAAUCGUUUCCGCCGACUUGCCGAAUGGGUUUUAUACAGACCCCUUGGUCAUUCGCAACUACGCCCAUGAUGACGGUUCGACCAUCGACGUCGAAGCCAGGUACGACUAUACCCUAAUUUCGAGUGAGGAGAUGCGCAGGCUACUGGAUCAAUACACCCAUGUUGUGCAGCAGCUGAUCAGUAGCCCUGAAAAGGGUCUUCGCGACAUCCAGGUUAUAAGUCCCAAGGAUAUAGACGAGAUCAUUAAAUGGAACGGCGAAUUACCUGGGACGGUUGAACAAUGUGUACACAAUUUGAUAGCCGAGCAAACAAGAAAGCGACCCGAAGCUGAGGCUAUAUGCGCUUGGGACGGCAGCUAUACCUUCGGAGAACUGAACUCGCUGACUGAGCGACUCGCAGCUCAUCUCCAGAGCCUUGGUGUGGGUCCAGAAGUGACUGUUGCCCUCUGCUUCGACAAGUCUAAAUGGAACGUGGUAUCUAUGCUGUCCAUUUUGAAAACAGGUGCCUGCUACACGUCACUGAAUCCUGCAUACCCGGCCGUUCGCAUGCAAAGUAUUAUGCAGGACGUCCAAACGCCUAUAGUCCUCUGUUCUCCGCAACAUGUCAACAAGUUCGAUGGCAUGGAGCCUUGGGUCGAGCCUAUUGAUGAAGACUUCUUGGAAUCUCUACCUGAACCCGAUGUUGCCGUCACAUCUACAGUUCAGCCAUCCAAUGCAGCAUUUAUUGUUUUUACAUCAGGCAGUACUGGUAAGCCUAAGGGCGCUAUCAUCGAGCAUCGUGGCAUCACGUCCAUGCAGCACUACGAGGGACCCCAUGUGGGCAUGGGCCCUGAUACUCGAACUCUACAAUUCGCUUCACAUGUCUUCGACGUGUCCAACUCUGAGGUUUUCACGACCCUGAUGCGCGGUGGAUGUGUAUGUAUACCUUCCGAAACAGAGCGGAUGAACGAUCUUGCUGGUGCGAUCAACAAAUAUAACGUAAAUUGGUCCUUCCAAGUCCCAACCACCGCGGAUACACUCGACCCAAGCCAAGUCCCCGGCUUGAAGUAUCUGGCCUUAGGAGGAGAAGCAAUUAGUCAAGGCCUAUGUAACCGAUGGGCUCCUGAAGUCACACUGCUGAACUCAUAUGGUCCCUCCGAAUGCAGUAUCUGGACAAGUGUCUCUCAUCUUGCUCCCGGGACUUCGUCACCCAACAACAUCGGGCGCGGCCUUGGUUGCCGAACGUGGAUCACGGAUAAAAACAACCACAACUUCCUUGUACCUAUCGGUUGCGUUGGGGAAUUGUGUGUCGAGGGUCCAAUUGUCACACGAGGAUACAAGGCUAGUCUCAAACAAACAGCCGCUGCCUACAUUCGAAACCCAGCCUUUGCAUUAGAAUUGGGUAUCCGAGGCAUGCGCAUGUACAAGACGGGUGACCUAGUCAAGUAUGACUCGGACGGUACUCUGCUGUAUGUUGGGCGCAUAGAUAGCCAAGUUAAGGUUCGCGGGCAGCGUAUCGAGCUGAGCGAAAUCGAACAGAAUAUCGUGGCCAACGGUUUUGAGGCCGAAGCGGUUGUCGUUGAAAAAAUAUUACAGGGUGGCGAAGACGAUCGCGUUGCUCUAGCAGCAUUCUUUAAACUCAGCAGCAUAGACGGACCUAGCUCUGUUAGCUCUGUUAGCUCUGACUCAGGUUAUACAUCAGCGGAAACCGGUGAGGACGAAGAGAAGACACCACAAGAUGAACUGGACUCUAUGCGAGAUCAACUAGUCGCUCUCCGGCGAAACCUACUCGACACUAUACCUGCUCACAUGGUGCCAUCUUUCUUCAUUCCACUUCGUUCCAUGCCCAUUACGCAGACGGGAAAAAAGGACCGCAAAGCGCUUAGGCAACUCGGUGCUUCCUUGUCCCAGGAACAGUUACGGCGGUAUGCUCUGGAAGAUGAUAACGAUAAUAACGCCGACACGUUGGGUAGAGCUUGCACCACUGAUGCGGAGAGGCGGCUCCGGUCUUUAUGGGCCGAAGUUCUUGGCAUCGCCAAAGAGGAGUCUAUCUCAGCCCAAGACAAUUUCUUCCUCAAAGGAGGUGAUUCAAUUCAGGCAAUGCGACUGGUAGCUGCAGCGCGCCGACAAGGCAAAAUGCUAGCAGUUGCCGAUAUGUUCCGUAUGCCACGACUAUUCCAGAUGGCCGAGCUGUGGGAGAAUAGUACUGCUCUUGAAGGAGCAGCCAUCCCUCCAUUCUCGCUUCUGAAGCCGGAUGCCAUCAGUGAUUUGAUCUAUGAAGCAGUACAUCAAUGCAAGGUCGAGAGAGACCAGGUCCAGGAUGUUUACCUCUGUUCGCCACUACAAGAAGGCCUUAUGGCAGUUUCUACUCGAAAGCCAGGUUCCUACAUUUCGACAAGAAUUUUCGAUCUGCCGCCCACCAUCGACAUAGAUCGUUUCCAAGCAGCAUGGCAGACGGCAGCCGACAGAUUCCCCAUCUUAAGAACGCGCAUCAUCCUCGGGCGUGCCUCCGAGUCCCUUCAGGUCGUGAUCAAGGAGAAAUUGGUCUGGGAGACUAUUGAUGGACAGAUCGAGACUUUCAUUGCGCAACGAGGUCUCACGACCAUCGAAUAUGGCGGUCGUCUUUGUGCCUUUGCCAUUGAUGUGCAGGCUCGCAAGUUCGUUUUGGUACUUCACCAUGCCCUGUAUGACGGCUGGAGCGCCACCGUACUCCUUAAAGCUGUGGAGAAAAUAUACCAAGGAGAAACAUGCCCAACAGGACCAUCUUUCAACGCCUUCAUUCAACAUCUCUCCCGAGUUGAUAAGGUCGACUCGGAAGACUUUUGGCGCACCCAACUCAGCGGUGCUCCUGCGCAUUUUCCCAGGUUACCGAACAAGACUUACGAGCCGAAGAAUAGCGCCAAUGUCUCUCAUACCAUCGCUAUAGCGCAGCAACCAAGUGGUAUCCUCAAGUCCACAAUUCUCAGAGCCGCUUGGGCCAUAGUGAGUGCUCGAUAUGCCGAAUCAAAUGAUAUCAGCUUUGGUGCAGCCCAAUCAGGGCGUGACUGUGCAGUCCCGGGUAUCGAGCAAAUCAUUGGGCCUAUUGUCACUACAGUCCCUGUGCGUGUGCGUAUCGAUGACAAAGAGCCCGUCAUUGGCUUCCUUGAACGUAUUCAGGACCAAUCCGUCGCCAUGAUUGACUACCAACACGCCGGUGUGCAAACCCUUCGACAACAGUUGGGCAAAGAAGUUCAACCAGCACUAGAGUUUACGAGUCUGUUCGAGUUUGGUGAGGAUUCAAAUGAUCAAGGUGACUUCAUCGCCGAGGUGCAAAGGCCUGAACUUCUGGACGGAUUCUGGUCGUAUUCUAUUGUUCUAGAGUGUCAUCUUGCUGCGGACGGUGUGACUGUCAACAUUUUGGCGAGACAUGACCCUGUUGUUAUUCCCACCUACCAGAUGGAUUGGGUCUGUAAACAAUUUGGUCACAUUGUUGAUCAGCUCUGCAGCCUGACUUCCUCAUCGACUCAGAUGGUGAGCGAUCUUGAGCUUUUCGGUCCUCAUGAUGGCGCCGCAAUUGACGCCUGGAACGCAAGAUGGCCUCACGGUGAUACGGAUGAAAAGACGGUCCAUGAGGCGAUCGCUGAGCAAGGCCGUCUCAAUCCCGACAACUUGGCCCUUUCAGGCUGGGAUGGAGACAUGACAUACGCUGAGCUAGAGCACUACGCCACAAAACUUGCCAGGAGACUGGUUCGAAGCGGCGUCAGACCGGAAGUCAUGGUGCCACUAUGCUUCGACAAGUCCAAGUGGGCCAUUGUAGCCUCUUUGGCCGUGAUUAAAGCUGGAGGAGUCAUAGUACAUCUCGGUCCAACACACCCGGCUAAUCGCAGGCAGGAAAUACUGCAGGCUGCUGAGGCUGAAUUAGUAUUAGUCUCACCUCAGCACGUUUCCCUCUUUCAAGGUGCCGCAGUCUGGGUCAUGCCGAUAGACCAGGAGAGCCUGGAUCGAAUGGCCGAAUUCAACUACGAGCUACCCAAUGUCGAACCCUCAAACGCCGUCUAUGUCUGCUUUACAUCGGGUAGUACAGGCAAACCCAAGGGAAUUGUAGUUGAGCACCGGAAUAUGCGCAUGAGUGCUCAGGCACAUGGAGCGCAAUUCAAGAUCAAUCCUGGAACCAGGCUUUUCAAUUUCUCUGCUUACACGUUUGAUAUCAGUCUUGGAGAUAUUUUUAUUUCUCUACAGCGCGGGGCUACAAUCUGCACACCAUCCGAGUGGGAGCGCUUGAACGAAUUGGCUGGCGCUAUCACCAAGUACAAUGCGAACCUCAUGUCAGUAACUCCAUCAGUAGCUAAGCUGCUCAGUCCCGAAAUGGUUCCAACACUGCGCACGCUUGUUCUUGGCGGCGAAGCACCCACCCAAGACAACAUCAAAGUAUGGUCUGAUAAGUUGGAUUUAAUCCUGAUUUGGGGACCAGCCGAGACAACCAUCUACGCCUCUGCUACGCCGCCGACAACACAAAAGACAAGUGCACAGGAACUCGGCAACCCUAUGGGAUCCGUAAUGUGGCUAUGUGAUCCAAACGACCACAAUAAGCUGGUGCCUUUAGGCUGCGUGGGUGAAAUUGUUGUUGAAGGUCCACUUGUCUCGCGCGGCUAUCUCAAGAACGAGGAAAAAACGGCCGCUGCAUAUAUUCAAGACCCGGCAUGGGUUGGAGAAAAAGAUGACAACAGUAAUAGGAAGCCCCGGAAUAUGUAUAAAACCGGUGAUCUGGGGCGCUACAAUGCCGACGGGUACAUGUUAUUCUCAGGUCGGAAAGAUAACCAAGUUAAGCUUCAUGGACAACGAAUGGAACUUGAUGAGGUGGAACACACUAUGUUAACCCACGAGACAGUAAAGCAGGCCGUGGCACGCAUCCCUCGAAAUGGUCCACUCAAGGAUAAGUUGAUUGCCAUGCUAAGCCUCAAUUUUGCCGAUAUCUCGCACAACAAUUCACCCGUUGCCAACCAAAUUGUUGUACUGGAUAAUUCCAAUGCUGGUGGUACCAAGAUUAGCAAGGAAAUUGUUGCAGUACGACGGAUGCUUGAGGAGAAUUUGCCUGGCUACAUGGUGCCCAGUAUCUGGAUCUGUGUUGAAGCCGUCCCACUAAACAACAAUUCCAAGAUUGACCGAAAACUCAUCGAUUCAUGGCUUCAAGAAGUGGACCAAGAUACUUACGACAAAUUACUUCGCAACGAAGCUGAGGGCAAAGGAGAUGCAGAAGAAAUUCAUCAUCCAGCGACCGCUGUGGAGCAAAUAUUAAGCGACCUCGUUAGUCAAAUUCUCGGAUUAGACUCGGCUUCGCUCAAUCUCAACCGUUCAUUCCUUAGCCUUGGUGGUGAUUCCGUCUCUGCUAUGCAGUUGCGCAGCAAAGCCCGCGCGAAGGGGGUAGAUGCUUCAUUGUCGAACAUAAUCACAAACAAGAGUCUAGUUGAGCUCGCUUCCAAGUCGGCAUAUACUAAACCAAAACCCAAGGAAGUUUUAGGCGGACCUUUCGCUCUGUCCCCAAUCCAAAAAAUGUAUGUCGAUUUGGUUUCCUCUUCUGCGGACGCAGAUAUUGGUCACUUCGACCAAAGCAUACUCCUACAGAUAAACAGUCCAGUUUCAGCUGGGGCAUUGCAAAAAGCCCUCACGCAAAUUGUGCAACGGCACUCGAUGCUCCGUGCUAGAUAUUCUCGAGACGAGAAUGGAGAAUGGUCUCAGUACAUCGCUGAGGAUAAAGAUACGACUAAGUCAUUUCAAUUCAGUAUCGAAGAGGUGGAGGACGGAUAUCAAGUAUCGAGGAUACUGAGUAGCUUCGGUGGUGUUUUUGACAUCCACGAAGGACCUGUCUUCUCUGCUCAUGUUUUCAAUCUCCUUUCAGAACGAACACAAUUACUUUUUGUCCGAGCCCAUCACCUAGUGGUCGAUGUGGUCUCGUGGCAUAUCCUCCUCGGUGACCUGGAGCUCUUGAUUGCUACUGGUAGCUUUGCGACGGCCCCUCCACUGCCUUUCCAGAGUUGGCUGAGCAUGCAAAAGGAGAUGGCCGAGUCUACUAAGCCAGCUGACUUACUACCAUUCGACGCCAUCAACAUGCCUGCAGCUAACUUUGAAUACUGGGGAAUGGCGGGAGACAACAAAUCCAACACAUACAGUGAUGCCAUUCUGACAGAAUUUUACCUCGACGAGCCCAUGACGGCCCAAUUAAUGGGCACUGGUAAGGUUUCACUAAGUGCGGCGCCCGUCGAUGUUAUUUUGGCUGCUCUCAUUCACUCAUUUUCACUCGUCUUCUCUGACCGUGCAGCUCCUGCCAUCUUUUCCGAAGGACAUGGUCGUGAGUCUUGGAACGGCAAAGUAGACCCGUCAAGUACAGUAGGAUGGUUUACGACAAUGAGCCCUCUGCAUGUACCCGAUACCCGAUCAUCUGAUAUUCUCAUGACAGUGCAGUCUGUUCAAGAUCUGCGACGCCUCCUACCAUCUAACGGCAUGGAAUAUUUCAGCUCCCGGUACCUCUCUGCCAAGGGACGCGAAGCCUUUGGUUCACAUUCCAAGAUGGAGAUAAUGUUCAAUUACCUUGGCAGAUCCUCUGAAGUUGGAAGGGAAAAUGCCCUGCUUUCACCCGCAACUUUGCCAGAUGGCGCGACAUUCGAUAAGUUGGUACAGGACGAAAAGCUGCCACGUUGGUCUCUAUUUGAUAUCGUGGCCCUCAUUGCUGGUGGUAAGGCUCAUAUCACCAUAGCCUAUAACAAACAUAUGCAGCACCAAGAUAGGAUUAUCCAGUGGGUCAAAAUGGCGAAGUCCACAUUGAUCCAUGCCAUUGAAGUUUUAAGAGAUAUAGAAAGUCAUCCGACCAGCCCUAGGCUGUCAUCCCCAACGGUUGAGAAGCAAGUCCUGUUUGAAGACGAGGUUGAAGGAAUUUAUCCUUGCGCACCGGUGCAACAACACAUGCUUUCCGCGCGUGAAAAGCACCCCGACCGCCAAUUGUACGAAAUGGAAUUUACUUACAAAGCCAUCACCCUUAACGGCGCUACAAUUGAUAUAAACAAAUUACGCGAAGCAUGGCAGCAGGUUGUGCGUCAUCAUGCCGCUCUCCGGACAAUCUUUAGGUCUACUACUUCUGGCUCAUACGAACAAAUUGUGCUUCGAGACUGGUAUGUCAAUGUACCGGUAAUUGAAUGCAUCAACGAAGAAGAAAUGAUAGCUCGCAUGAAUAGCCAUAUAUCAGUCAACUACAGCCUCUCGAGCAAGAAACCACACGUUCAACUCACUUUGUUUGUUACUUCAAAAAACAACAAACAAAUUGUUUCCUUCAAGACCGAAACAGACCACACUCUUACUGACGGUGUCUCCGUCGCUCUAAUCCUCCGCGAUCUUGCGCUUGCGUAUGAAGGAAAACUUCCAACAGACCCAGCGCCCUCGUUCAGUAGCUACGCAUUAUGGCUACGUGAUAUGAGCCAAGAAGAGACGUUCGCAAAGGACGUUGCCUACUGGAAAGACUUUGACAAAAGUGCGGGAGCAUCGUGUAUUCCACAUACUUCGCCAUCCUUUGCAUUAUCGCAACCUCGCAUCCACAAAGUGAAGAUCAUCGAUCUUGAGCAGGCCACCAUAAGCCGACUGCCAGAGUUCUGCACCACGCAUGGCGUCACUAUGGCUGCCUUCUUCCAGACCGCAUGGGGUUUAGUACUUCAAGACCUCACGGGUUCAGACAAAACGCUAUUUGCGUUUAUGACAGCCAACCGUGAUGCAACAGUGGCAGGCGCCGAAGAGAUCGUAGGKCCGCUCAUCAACAUGCUUCUUUGCCGAAUCGAUCUCUCCAGACUGCGCAAAAAUGGCAUUGGAGAGGUACUGAGACGAGCACGAGAUGAUUUCCUAGACUCACUCGAUCACCAAUACGGUCUUGCUAAGAUGGAAGAUAUGUGGCAGAACCCAUCAUGGAAUUCUCUCAUGAGUUUGCAGUACAUGGACUCUAGAAUCCUGUGGAGAUCGGCAUACCUUUGUUUCUUCCACCCUUUGGCCAAAUAUCCUGGUCCUUUCCUUGCCAAAUUCACCAAUCUAUAUGGAGCGUACCACGCCUGGAAGGGGGAUGCCCAUCUUGACAUGUGGAGGGCCCACGAGAAAUAUGGUGACUUUGUUCGGCAUAUGCCGGACACCCUGUUCAUUAGGAACUCGGAGGCUUUGCAUGCUAUAUACUCCACCAAACCAUCCGUUAUGAAAAGUGCACACUACCGUGUCUUAGAGGCCAAUGUAGCAAGCACAUUUAGCUUACGCGGAGGCCAUGAACACGCAUGGCGGAGGCGGCUUGUGUCAACAGCUCUCUCUGAAAAAGCCCGACGAGGAAUGGACAGCCGUAUCGCUGUACAUGUUCGUAAGUUCUGUGACAUCGUAUUUCCCAAGGAAGCGAAGACACUGGGAAAACCUAUGGACAUGUCCGAGUGGUGCAGCUACCUGACCUUUGAUCUGAUGGCCGAUCUUGUCUUCAGCGCCAGCUAUAACCUCUUGGGUAAUGAAAGAUUCCGCCACAUGCCACAUGUCAUCGACAAGUCCAAUGUGCGGAUGUCAGUGCUCGUUUAUCUCCCUUUUAUCGCUUGGUAUAAGUAUAUUGAUGCCUUCAUUUUCAAAGAGGCCGCUAUAGCGCGAUACCGCUUCAUGAGAUUUGUCAUACGCGCGGUGAAGGAGCGUGCAGAUCGUGCCAUUGGCAAGUGGUCACAGCAGUCAUUAGAUCCGUGUCCGCCACGCAACGAUAUCUACAGCGCGCUUGCCAUAGCCAAGGAUCCAGAUACUGGAAAAGGCUUCUCUACACAGGAAAUGAUUAGCGAGAGCAUCACACUGGUAGUUGCCGGUUCAGACACAACUUCGACAGCCAUAUCAUCAACGUUUUUCUACUUGGCCGACAACAAGCACGCGUACGAUAAGGUGACUCAAGAAGUACGGGAAGCAUUUAAGAUCAAGCCUUUCGGAGAGGAAGGAGUGGCCUCAGGCCCAGAAUUAUCAGAAUGUGCCUACCUGCGAGCUUGUGUCGAUGAGGCGCUGCGUAUGAGCCCGCCCAACGGAGCUGCCUUGACGAGAGAGGUUACGGCCGGUGGCCUUAACAUCGGGGAUCAUCACAUACCAGCGGGGACUGUUGUCUCUGUACCAGUAUAUGCCAUCCAUCACGAUCCACGGUACUUCGCAGAGCCAUUCUCUUAUCGUCCUGAGCGCUGGGUUGAGGAUGAUGGUACCGGCAGCAUCAAGCGCGCAAGAUCGGUCUUCAACCCCUUCUCGAUGGGCAUCCGGGGCUGCCUCGGCCGAAGUCUAGCAUAUCACGAAAUCCUGACCACCGUUGCCACCGUGCUAUACUUUGGCGACUUUCAAUUUGCCGAGGGAGACUUAGGCAAAGUUGGUCGAGGUUCACCACAGGCAGAGUAUGGACGACACAGAGAGAAUGAGUACCAGCUACGCGACCAUCUAUCCGGACAGAAGAAUGGACCAUGGCUACGAUUCACCAGACGUGAUAUUGUAGACUAA